GCGCCCGCCGCCCGGCGGCCGCGGACACCGAGGCACCGGGACGCGCUGGCCGGCGUCGGGGCCCUGGCCGGGGGCCGGGCGGGAGCCGGCGCGCCCCAGCGGGAUGCGGGCGGCGAGAGGGGGCGCAGAGUAGCCGGCCGGCCCCCGGGCUCGCCCCUCCUCCCGCGCCCUGGCGCUGCGCGGGGCUGCCAUGGAGGUGCCCAACACCAAGGACUUCCAGUGGAAGCGCCUGGCGCCGCUGCCCAGCCGCCGGGUCUACUGCUCCCUGCUGGAGAGCGGGGGCCAGGUCUAUGCCAUCGGGGGAUGUGACGACAAUGGCGUCCCCAUGGACUGCUUCGAGGUCUACUCCCCCGAGGCCGACCAGUGGACCGCCCUGCCCCCGCUGCCCACCCCCCGCGCCGGGGUGGCCGUCACCGCCCUGGGCAAGCGCAUCAUGGUGAUCGGGGGUGUGGGCACCAGCCAGCUUCCCCUCAAGGUCGUGGAGAUGUACAACAUUGACGAAGGCAAGUGGAAGAAGAGGAGCAUGCUGCGCGAGGCCGCCAUGGGCAUCUCCGUCACAGCCAAAGAUUACCGAGUGUAUGCAGCAGGUGGCAUGGGCCUGGACCUCCGUCCACACAACCAUCUCCAGCACUACGACAUGCUCAAGGACAUGUGGGUGUCACUAGCACCGAUGCCCACACCGAGAUACGCCGCUACCUCCUUUCUGCGAGGUUCCAAGAUCUACGUGCUGGGCGGGCGGCAAUCCAAGUAUGCGGUCAAUGCCUUUGAAGUCUUUGACAUCGAGACUCGCUCCUGGACCAAGUUCCCCAACAUCCCCUGUAAGCGGGCCUUCUCCAGCUUUGUGGCACUGGACAACCACCUGUACAGCCUGGGUGGGCUGCGGCAGGGCCGCCUCUACCGGCAGCCCAAGUUCCUACGGACCAUGGACGUGUUCGACAUGGAGCAGGGAGGCUGGCUGAAGAUGGAACGCUCCUUCUUCCUCAAAAAGCGGCGUGCGGACUUUGUGGCCGGACCGCUGAGUGGACGGGUCAUAGUGGCUGGAGGACUUGGGAACCAACCCACCGUCCUGGAGACAGCGGAGGCGUUCCACCCGGGGAAGAACAAAUGGGAGGCGCUCCCUGCCAUGCCCACGCCGCGCUGCGCCUGUGCCAGUAUCGUGAUCAAGAACUGCCUGCUGGCCGUGGGGGGCGUCAACCAGGGCCUGAGCGACGCUGUGGAAGCCCUGUGUGUCUCCGACUCCUAGUGGUCCCCUGCACCCCUGCCCCGCCUGGCUCCCCCUCUGACACGCAGACCAGCCCCUGCCAGCAGCCUGGG